AUGAGUGCAACUGGCACGAGAGUAAAGGACUCUGGGAAGUCGCUUAAUGAGAGGACCAUAGAGUGUCGAGAGAAUGGCUACCUUCUCUCUGGCAAGAAGAUUGGGACAGGUGCUUUCUCCAAGGUCUACCUGGGGUACGCUACCCCAAAUAAGAUCAGCAAGAACUACAAGUUGGCCAAUGACCUGAGGAGCAAGAACCACAACAUGGUAGUGCAAUGUAUUUGUUACCAUGGUAAAAAUCAUAAAGAAUUCAUUCUAAACUUAAUUUAAUGACCAUAACAUGUACCCACUUAUUGAUUUGUUUUUCUUUUUUCUUUUAGCCAGACCGUAUGUCCAUAUUUGCUGGACAUAUUUCAAAACAAUAGUAUCUCACUAUGACUAGCACUGCAGUCACACUUUGAUAACAUUGUUGUAGUUUUUGUGAACUGUGUGGAUGAGGACAUUCAGCCCUACAACCAUUCAUUUUUCAGGUGGCCAUCAAAAUCAUCUCCAUCAACGAGGCUCCCCCAGAAUACUCUAAGAAGUUUGUGCACAGAGAGAUAUAUGCUCUGAACGCCACGUACAGACACCCAGGGGUGGUGAGUGUUGUUAAGGUACAAACACCAAACACGUACAGACACCCAGGGGUGGUGAGUGUUGUUAAGGUACAAACACCAAACACGUACAGACACCCAGGGGUGGUGAGUGUUGUUAAGGUCAAACACCAAACACGUACAGACACCCAGGGGUGGUGAGUGUUGUUAGGGUACAAACACCAAACACGUACAGACACCCAGGGGUGGUGAGUGUUGUUAAGGUACAAACACCAAACACGUACAGACACCCAGGGGUGGUGAGUGUUGUUAGGGUACAAACACCAAACACGUACAGACACCCAGGGGUGGUGAGUGUUGUUAAGGUACAAACACCAAACACGUACAGACACCCAGGGGUGGUGAGUGUUGUUAGGGUACAAUCACCAAACACGUACAGACACCCAGGGGUGGUGAGUGUUGUUAAGGUACAAACACCAAACACGUACAGACACCCAGGGGUGGUGAGUGUUGUUAAGGUCAAACACCAAACACGUACAGACACCCAGGGGUGGUGAGUGUUGUUAGGGUACAAUCACCAAACACGUACAGACACCCAGGGGUGGUGAGUGUUGUUAGGGUACAAUCACCAAACACGUACAGACACCCAGGGGUGGUGAGUGUUGUUAAGGUACAAACACCAAACACGUACAGACACCCAGGGGUGGUGAGUGUUGUUAGGGUACAAUCACCAAACACGUACAGACACCCAGGGGUGGUGAGUGUUGUUAGGGUACAAUCACCAAACACGUACAGACACCCAGGGGUGGUGAGUGUUGUUAAGGUACAAACACCAAACACGUACAGACACCCAGGGGUGGUGAGUGUUGUUAGGGUACAAACACCAAACACGUACAGACACCCAGGGGUGGUGAGUGUUGUUAGGGUACAAUCACCAAACACGUACAGACACCCAGGGGUGGUGAGUGUUGUUAGGGUACAAUCACCAAACACGUACAGACACCCAGGGGUGGUGAGUGUUGUUAAGGUACAAACACCAAACACGUACAGACACCCAGGGGUGGUGAGUGUUGUUAGGGUACAAACACAUUUCUUCUUUGAUAUACGCAAACAAAUAUAGAGCUAGUUUCCCAGACUAUGACUACUCCUAGAAUAAAAAGCACCUCCAUUGAACAUGGUUUUUAGCUAAAUCUGGAUCCAGGAAACUGGCGCUUAGACACCUAAAUGGAUCCAGAGUUACUGAUUGUAUUCUAUUAAUAUGGUGGGUACACUCUACUUUGAACAGGUCCAGCUGUAUGACAUGUUCCGUUCACUGAAGCGGUUCUAUCUGAUUCUGGAGCUGGCUCUGAGCGGAGACCUUCUAGAACACAUCAACGCCGUGUCCCAUAGCAAGGGCAGUCCGGGCCUCAGUGAAGAGGAGGCUCGCAGGCUAUUCAAACAGAUAGUCAACGCCGUCAUGCACUGCCAUAACAACCACAUAGUACACAGGUAACACCUCACUGCCAUAACAACCACAGAGUACACAGUUAACACCUCACUGUCUGCCAUAACAACCACGUAGUACACAGGUAACACUUCACUGUCAUAACAACCACAUAGUACACAGGUAACACCUCACUGUCUGCCAUAACAACCACAUAGUACACAGGUAACACCCACUGUCUGCCAUAACAACCACAUAGUACACAGGUAACACCUCACUGCUGUUGCUGCAACAAUCUGAUUCCAUAUCUGCCAAAUCACAGGUAAUGCCAACAGCAUCAUAUGUUGUCGAGUAAAACCACAACAAUCACAUAUUGUAGUUUACAGGUAUUACUACAGCAACCAAACACAGGAAAUACCACAGCAACCAAACACAGGAAAUACCACAGCAAUCAUACAUACAGUUGAAGUUGGAGGUUUACAUACACUUAGGUUGGAGUCAUUAAAACUAGUUUUUCAACCACUCCACAAAUUUCUUGUUAACAAACUAUAAUUCUGGCAAGUCAGUUAGGACAUCUACUUUGUGCAUGACACAAGUCAUUUUACCAACAAUUGUUUACAGACAGAUUAUUUCACUUAUAACUCACUGUAUCACAAUUCCAGUGGGCCAUUUCAAGGCCUACCUUCAAACUCAGUGCCUCUUUGCUUGACAUCAUGGGAAAAUCAAAAUAAAUCAGCCAAGACCUCAGAAAAAAAAUUGUAGACCUCCACAAGUCUGGUUCAUCCUUGGGAGCAAUUUCCAAACGCCUGAAGGUACCACGUUCAUCUGUACAAACAAUAGUACGCAAGUUUAAACACCAUGGGAGCAUGCAGCCGUCAUACCGCUCAGGAAGGAGACGGGUUCUGUCUCCUAGAGAUGAACGUACUUUGGUGCGAAAAGUGCAAAUCAAUCCCAGAACAACAGCAAAGGACCUUGUGAAGAUGCUGGAGGAAACAGGUACAAAAGUAUAUAUAUCUACAGUAAAACGAGUCCUAUAUCGACAUAACCUAAAAGGCUGCUCAGCAAGGAAGAAGCCACUGCUCCAAAACCGCCAUAAAAAGCCAGACUACGGUUUGCAACUGCACAUGGGGACAAAGAUCGUACUUUUUGGAGAAAUGUCCUCUGGUCUGACGAAACAAAAAUAGAACUGUUUGGCCAUAAUGACCAUCGUUAUGUUUGGAGGAAAAAGGGGGUCGCUUGCAAGCCGAAGAACACCAUCCCAACCGUGAAGCACGGGGGUGGCAGCAUCAUGCUGUGGGGGUGCUUUGCUGCAGGAGGGUCUGGUGCACUUCACAAAAUAGAUGGCAUCAUGAGGAAGGAAAAUUAUGAGGAUAUAUUGAAGCAACAUCUCAAGACAUCAGUCAGGAAGUUAAAGCUUGGUCGCAAAUGGGUCUUCCAAAUGGACAAUGACCCCAAGCAUACUUCCAACGUUGUGGCAAAAUGGCUUAAGGACAACAAAGUCAAGGUAUUGGAGUGGCCAUCACAUAGCCCUGACCUCAAUCCUAUAGAACAUUUGUGGGCAGAACAGAAAAAGCGUGUGCGAGCAAGGAGGCCUACAAACCAGACUCAGUUACACCAGCUCUGUCAGGAGGAAUGGGCCAAAAUUCACCCAACUUAUUGUGGGAAGCUGGUGGAAGGCUACCCGAAAUGUUUGACCCAAGUUAAUCAAUUUAAAGGCAAUGCUACCAAAUACUAAUUGAGCUAAGGUGUAUGUAAACUUCCGACUUCAACUGUAGGUAACACAACAGCAACCAAACACAGGUAAUACCACAGCAACCAAACACAGGUAAUACCAUAGCAACCAAACACAGGUAAUACCAUAGCAACAAAACACAGGUAAUACCACAGCAACCAAACACAGGUAACACCACAGCAAUCAAACACAGGUAAUACCAUAGCAACCAAACACAGGUAAUACCAUAGCAACCAAACACAGGUAAUACCAUAGCAACCAAACACAGGUAAUACCACAGCAACCAAACACAGGUAAUACCAUAGCAACCAAACACAGGUAAUCAAACACUGUUGCUGCCUGCCACACCCAGAUUACUCACGGAGGUAAUGUCAAUAUUUCUUGCAGUCACCAUGACUUGCAACACCUGUCUUUUUAAUGUAUUUCCUAUUCCUUUCCAGAGACCUGAAAUGUGAAAACAUACUUUUGGAUGAGCAAGGAUUUGUGAAGUUGACUGGUAAAAUAACCAUGAACUCCCCUACCCAUCUCACCAAUUGUAUAGUAAACCAUGUGCAUCACUGACUCUGUGUGUGUGUGCUAUUUGUGCUGUGCCUGGCAGACUUUGGCUUUGCCAACCACUACACAGACAGGAGUGCUUUGAUGAACACGUUCUGUGGCUCGGUGGCCUACACCGCCCCAGAGAUCCUGCUGUCUCGCAAGUACAACGGAGAACAAGCUGACCUGUGGAGCCUGUGAGUCAUCAGAGAUUGCUUCUCAAAUGGUCCCCUAUUCCCUAUAUAGAACACUACUUUUAUCCAGGGCCUAUAGGGCUCUUGUCAAAAGUAGUGCACUAUAUAAGGAAUAGGGGACCAUUUGGGACACAGCCUCGACAAGUGUCACACUUCAUUAAAUAGCUAAAUUAGUAUCCUCCAAUGAUGUCUACUGUUAUUUUACUGCUGUUCUUUAGUUAUUUGCUUUUAUUAUUAAAAAUUAAUAAUAAUAAUAAUAAUAAUAAUAAAUGCAUUGUUGGUUAAGGGCUGGUAAGGGGGCAUCACAUAUCACUGUCAUAGUUUAGAACACAACUGUGUUCUCUUGUCUGGUUACUGUAAGUUAGUUGGCCUCAUGUGUCUUCUCUCCGUGUCCAGAGGGGUGAUUCUAUAUGCCAUGGUCACAGGGAAGCUGCCCUACCAUGAGAAGCACCCCCGCAAACUGGUCCAACUCAUCAGGAAAGAGCUGCCGUUCCACCAGCCAGUUUCCCUAGGUAUUCUGCCAGUAAUCAACAAGGGCCAUAUCCAUAAAGCAUCCCAGUGUAGGAGUGCUGCUCUGCGAUCAGGUCCGCCCUGUCUAAGUAAUCGUAUUCCUUAAAGAUUUAGAAAGCCAAACAGAUCCUAGAACAGCACUUUUACUUUGAGAUGCUUUUUGGACACGGGCCCUGGUCUGUAAAAUGUUUAUUUAAAUUUUUUUUAAACACUUAUCUGGUCCUGAAGCCCACUUCUCCAUUCCACCACUACGUAUGCCUUGGAAAGAAAGCGCACCCAAAUUAGCUUCAGCCCAGCUUGAAAAAAAAUAAAAAUAUGAAUGCCGUCAUCAAUUACUGAAAUUAUACAUUUGUAUAAUUAUUAUAGAACGGUGGUGAUGUAAAGUGAAAAGAAAAGCGAUUAUUUUUGUUGGACGUGAGCCUGUCUUUACUUGUUGACGUUAAUUUAAAGUCAAUAAAACUACUUUGCCAUAAAAAGCUGUAGUCCUAAUGUCCCCUGGCUGUAGUCCUAAUGUCCCCAGGCUAUAGUCCUAAUGUCCCCAGGCUGUAGUCCUAAUGUCCCCAGGCUGUAGUCCUAAUGUCCCCUGGCUGUAGUCCUAAUGUCCCCAGGCUAUAGUCCUAAUGUCCCCAGGCUAUAGUCCUAAUGUCCCCUGGCUGUAGUCCUAAUGUCCCCAGGCUCUAGUCCUAAUGUCCCCAGGCUCUAGUCCUAAUGUCCCCAGGCUCUAGUCCUAAUGUCCCCUGGCUGUAGUCCUAAUGUCCCCUGGCUGUAGUCCUAAUGUCCCCUGGCUGUAGUCCUAAUGUCCCCAGGCUGUAGUCCUAAUGUCCCCAGGCUGUAGUCCUAAUGUCCCCAGGCUCUAGUCCUAAUGUCCCCAGGCUGUAGUCCUAAUGUUCCCUGGCUGUAGUCCUAAUGUCCCCUGGCUGUAGUCCUAAUGUCCCCUGGCUGUAGUCCUAAUGUUGUCCUAAUGUCCCCUGGCUGUAGUCCUAAUGUCCCCUGGCUGUAGUCCUAAUGUCCCCAGGCUCUAGUCCUAAUGUCCCCAGGCUCUAGUCCUAAUGUCCCCAGGCUCUAGUCCUAAUGUCCCCAGGCUCUAGUCCUAAUGUCGUCCUAAUGUCCCCAGGUUGUAGUCCUAAUGUCCCCUGGCUGUAGUCCUAAUGUCCCCAGGUUCUAGUCCUAAUGUCCCCUGGCUGUAGUCCUAAUGUCCCCUGGCUGUAGUCCUAAUGUCGUCCUAAUGUCCCCUGGCUGUAGUCCUAAUGUCCCCUGGCUGUAGUCCUAAUGUCCCCAGGCUGUAGUCCUAAUGUCCCCUGGCUGUCUGUGCCCCUCCAGGCUGCCAGGACCUGAUUAAGAAGCUGUUACAAUGGCAGCCCCCAGCCCGCCUGCCCCUGGCCCAGGUCAACACACACCAGUGGAUGAUGCCCUCCAUGACCGGCCUGCUCAACAAGCUCCGUGCCACCAAGAGUGACAUCCCCAACAAGAACAAAGCCCUGGACAAGAAGCUUAAAGAUGGUGAGAUGUCCCUCCAUAAAUGGCACCCUAUUUCCUAUACAGUGCACUACUUUCCUAUGGGCUCUGGUCAAAAGUAGUGCACUAUAUAGGGAAUAGGGUCCCAUUUGGAACGGGCCCAUGGUCUUAGUUUGGUUCAUUACUUCAAGCAUGUUAACGUAUUAUUAUUAUUUAGAUGGCAUGACAUUUCUGUAAAGAACUGUUAUACAUCCGGUAACGUGGAUAUCUAGCAGUAUGUAGCCUAUUGUACAUAGUCUAUUUAAACCAGCUUAUAAACUGUUAUAACCUCAGUCUACCUGGCAUGUUGAAAUACAGAGCCCACUGGAUGUGUAACAGGCCGCUCCUGGCACUUGGGCCCUGGCACCCCCACCCAUCCAUCCUUCAGACACAGCCACACAAGUCUGCCUGAGAGGCCCCACCGGACUGUAGCGGUCCCCCACCACCACUAUCGCCCCGGGGCCAGCAGCGCAGGCUGCCAUCGCCGUGAACCUCCACAGGAGACGAGAGAGGAGCCGCCCUGCCCCAAGCCCCCCUCGGUCUCCACCUGUCGGCUCCUUUUGCGACCCACUCAGAUCCAGAGUACCAACUCCAACCGCCUCUUUGUGACCCGGCCCCGCCCGCCCUUCACCCCCAAGCCCUUCCACAACCUACCUAACUUCAGGAAGCCCGGCUCUGCCCAUAAGGACCAGAGUCUCAGGUAAACUGGCUGACAGGAGCAGCUGCCCCAAGCAGCCUGAGGAUUCCUACUCCUGGGUACUAACCUAGGGGGCUGCUAACCAUGGAUUAUGUUACCAUGGACAACUAUGGGCUCAAAUGUGAUUCUACAGAAGAAGAAAAAAAUCAAGCACAGACUCUUUUCUUUAAAAAUAAAAUGAGAUGAUUUUAAUGGAUACUUGACUUUUGUCGUCUGAAUUUACAUGACGUGAAAAUACAACACAGUCCUUCCCGACUCCUGUUUGCAUGCAGUUUGUUGUUGUGAUGGUGAGAAUAAUCUUCUGUUCAUUCCAGUCAGCAGUUGGUUUGGUUCCAUUGUUCAUCAAAUGGUGGCUCAGAUGAAAUGUAGAAAAGACCUCCUUGCUACAUCAUCCUCACUAUGCCAGCACACUGCUGGGGCUUGUCUGGAUUCAACAGAUCUUCCUGGUCCUUCUCCAACUGCUCCUGCUCCUGGGCAUCCAUGUCUUUGAGCUUCACCUCCACGUCCUCAGGAAUCUCCACCUCCAACAGGUUCUCCAUGCCUGGCUCCGGCUCGUCCCCGAUCAGCACCUGGCAGAGAGAGAGAGACACACACACACAAAAAAAGGAUACAUCAAUGCUGGUGGCAAACAUUAA